AUGGGGCCACAUCUUCUGGGACGUUCUUCUCUUCUGUUAUUGCUGCUGGGAAUGUGGUGGUCAGUGCGUCCACUUUGUGCUGUGCCACAAGGUCUCACCAAGGCUCGCUGGUUUGAAAUUCAGCACAUACACCCAAGUCCUCUCCAAUGCAACACGGCAAUGCGUGGUGUCAAUAACUACACUCAGCACUGUAAACCUACAAACACCUUUCUGAACAGCUCCUUCCGAGAUGUGACUGCUGUCUGUAAUUUGCCCAACAUCACCUGUAAUAAUAACCUAAAGAACUGUCACCAGAGUUCAAGCCGUGUCAACCUGACUCAGUGCAAUCUCAUUGCGGGAAGGUAUCCUGAUUGCCGCUACCAUGAUGAUGCCCAAUACAAGUUCUUCAUUGUUGCCUGUGACCCUCCUCAGAACACCGACCCCCCUUGUCCUUUGGUUCCUGUACACUUAGAUAAGGUUGUUUAA